AUGCUGAUGACUGCGCUGGUGGCUGCGCUGGUGAUUGCGCUGGUGGCUGCGCUAGCUCCUGUCUUGGUAGCUGGGCUGGCGGCCUCGCUGGUGGUUGGGGCGGGGGCCGCGGGCAUGGACCUCAGCUUCGCGGCGGCGUCGGACGGCGAGGACGAGUGGGUCGAGGACAACCCGGCCGAGCCUGCUCCCGAGGUCACGAGCCUGGCGCUGGUCGCCCGGAGCGCCCGGCCGCCGGCGGUCCCAGGCGCCGCCGCGGCGGGGGCCGCGCCGCGCGCCCUGCCCUCGACGGCGCCGCCCCCCUCGAAGAUCCACAGCAACCCGGGCACCCGGUACUUCGUGAUCAAGACCGAGGGCGACAGCCACAAGAAUCUGCUGAAGUCCAUCGAGCACGGCGUCUGGGCCACCCACCGACACAACGAGGAUCGGAGGCUGAGUGAUGCCCUCUGCGAGGCCCCGCAUGUCAUCCUGAUCUUCUCGGUGAGCAUGAGCAGCUGCUUCCAGGGGUACGCGAAGAUGCUGUGCCAGCCGGGCGCCAGCCGGAAGACGGGGAUCUUCCAGGGUUUUGGGCGGGCUUUUGACGUGCGUUGGCUCAGGCUGGACGACCUGGAGUUUGUGGACGUGUCCUCGAUCACGAACCCCUUGAACGAGAACAAGUCUGUAAAGAUGUCGCGGGAUGGCCAGGAGUUGUCGCACGAGGUGGGCAAGAGGCUCUGCGAGCUGGUCGACGAGCGCGUGUACCAGGGUGACCCCUUUGGAUACGUGGUCGACGAUCAGGAGCCAGAAACAGGCGGUCUCGGCGGUCCCCCGCGCGCGCCGCCGCCGCAGCGGGCCCGGCAGCCGCAGCAGGUGCCGGCGCGGCCCCCGGACGCAGCGCCGCUGCCCCCCGCCUCAGGUCCAUGUGGCUACGCGCCCCAGGUGCCCGCAGCGGCGUACCAUUUGCCGCCGCCGCCGCAGAUGGCGCCACCGCCGCCGGGACCCGGCCCGCCGCCGCCCUGGGCAUUCUCCGCGUGGAGCGGGCUGGCCUGGGCCGGUGCGCCAGGACGCGGGGCGGCGCCGUCCUACUCGUCGUCCUCCUCCUACUCCGACUCCGGCUCCGAGCCGCGGGCGCGCAGGGCGCGGCCGCAGGCCUACGGAUCCGCAGCCCCGUGCCAGCGCGGCGUGCCACCGCGGCGCCCCCUGUCGGAGGCCAGGGGGGCCUCGGGCUGCCGGGCACGGG